UAAGGCCUUCCCCUGCAUCACUCGUGUCUUUAUCACUCUGAUGGAGCGACCAAAGGUAGACUUCAACAUUGAGUUCCUUACGAACCUGGAUAUGGACAUACUUCCUGGACUCAAGGAUUGGAUAAGGAAUAUUAUUGAGGAUAGUGUGGCUAAAAUGUUAGUCUUCCCAGGACGGAUAUAUCUUGAUUUUCAAAAGGAUGCAGUUGAAACUCUCAUUAUCCCCCGGAACCCCUCUUUAGCAAUUGGAGUACUGUUAGUUGAUAUUGAAAUGUACCUGCUAUCUUACACAGGGACUAUGUACCAUCAGGACCUUCAAAUCAAGGUGAAGACGCAAAACGCAGAACGAGAAACAGUAGUUCUCCUGAGUAACGACUCAUCUCGGACUGUGAAAAUGUUCAACAUGUUCGUGUAUGAUUACGAUGAGGUCCUGAAAGUGUCGGUUCAGAAGUGUAACCAUAUCCAGGCCCUCUCCGGACAGUUCAUAUCUUCUAAUAAAUACGUUUCUACUGAGAUAAUUUUGUUGGAGGCAUUUCGAGAUGCAGUUAUUGAGAGAACUUUGGAAAACCGGUCAAAGAAUGUUGGACUGAAAGUGAACGCUAAAAUAGAGGUCCUUCCAAUGGUGCCUAUACACCAAGUCAAUACUGAUGUUACUGACUACAGAGUAGUAGUGGGAGAGGAACAAGCGAUGGGAGGCAGCAAGUUAAAACCAAUACCCAUCCUGGGAUCUCCUAGCGGGGUUCUCCAGAUCCACACCCACUAUGCUACAGAUCUUAUUAGUGAGGACUUCAACGGUAAAAGUGAUCCGUACGUCAAGCUGUUCAUUAACGGUGAACUGGAACAUCGUUCCAAAACGGUCCCUAAGACACUGAAUCCAGUUUUCAACGACAUAUUUGAGCGAACAGUGAUAGACAUAAACACUGUAGUAUCAGUUAAGUUGGAGCUCUACGAUGCUGAUGAUAUUGGAACUGAUGACUUCCUAGGUUACACUCAAGUGGACCUACCUUCUACCAACGCUUACAACUUCUUAAAAAAGUACGAUUUAAUAAGAAAGCCUGGAGAGAAGGCAGGUGAGAUAUCUGUCUCUGUUAUAUUUAGAGGUAUACAGCUGAGUGGGGAGAUACGUCGACCUUCAUCUCCUACCGUCCCGGAUCUGAGUAAAAGAAAUAAAUCUACGGGGGAUCAUGGCCAUAAAGAGAAGAAAACAUUCCUCCGAAAACGUCUCUUCAAAUCACAUUCCUACAAAUAAUUCACCUUCUUUAGCUCCUCUCAUACAAGGUUGUUAAAUACGUCAAAUUUUCGUGAAAGAAUACGACGUAUUCGGUUCUAAUAAAGAAUACGUCGUAAUACGCCGGAAUACGGUAAUUUCUAUGGAUUGUUAAAUACGUCCACGAAUACGCCAUAAUACGCCGUAAUACGCUGAUUUGUCAAAAUUAAACAUUACAGCUGCGCGCCACCCUCAUCA